AUGAAUCUCUGUGUCCACUUUCAUAGGCACCAGUCUGGCGGUAGCCAUCCAGCCAAUCGUGCUCCGUAUACAGCGCACGUAGUACGCUCGUCUCUCUCUGCCCUCUUCGCUGGCAUCUCCACGCGGAAUGCCUCCGCUUUCGCCUCUCAGCACGCCGACAGGCGAAGUCCCAGUCUUCGACGACUUCUAUUCCGACCGUACUUCCAUCAGCGUGGCCGAGAUGCUAUCCAUCCUAUCGAUACUAAACGCGUCGACGUUUUGGAUGGCUGCGAAAGCUUUCGUGAUUGCGACGGGCUUGUCGCGGUCGCGGAUGGUUCUGGCGUGGAGAACGGUAACGAGGGACUAGAGGGGGUUAAGUACGGAAGAGACUUCGGGCUUCAGGCUACGCAUGCGACACUGCUUCCUUCGCCUCUCUCUCACCAUACACAACCCCCCCUGAAGCAGAGGACCAACGUCGUGAUGUGCUCUUUCGCCACCGACAUCCGAACUAUGAUCAUCCUCAGGGUCUAUGGCGCCAACACUGAGCCUCUCGAGGUCGAUUCGAUCCGCAACUAUGCUUACCAGUGGUACCCUUUCCUCCUCACCGUCGACUAG